AUGGACAAGGAGAAAGGUAAACCGGAUGCUGGGUUGAAAUCUCUCGACCAUUACAAGAUCAGACUCCCGCGAUGGCGGUAUCUUCUCAGAGAACAGCUUCUUCCUAUCGUUCGGUGGGAGACCCCUUAUGUCGCAUGGCUACAAGACACGCUGCGAACACCGGCACUUGAUACAUACUUUGCGACUUCUGCAAAUUUGGGUACACAUACAUUUUUCAUGAUCAUGCUACCGGUUCUAUUCUGGUGUGGAAAUACAAGUUUGGGAAGAGGAAUGGUACAUAUCCUGGCCUCUGGUGUAUUCUUCAGCGGGUUCGUCAAAGAUCUUUUAUGCCUUCCGCGACCGCUGUCCCCGCCACUGCAACGAAUCACCAUGUCGGGUUCAGCUGCACUUGAAUACGGAUUCCCCUCAACACACUCGACCAAUGCAGUGUCCGUCGCUCUCUAUUCGCUAUUCCUCCUGAAGCACGGAAGUGACCCAAUGAAUCCUAACAUGAAUUUGGGUCUGCAAAUACUCUGCUAUUUUUACGCCUUUUCGAUUGUCCUAGGCCGUCUUUAUUGUGGUAUGCAUGGGUUUUUUGACGUUGUCUGGGGAAGCAUUCUCGGAGCGAUAUUGGCGCUCGUGCAAUGCUUUUAUGGUGAAAUGUUUGAUGAAUGGCUCAUGGCCGGUGAUCUGAAGCGAGUGGCGCUUGUGGUCUUGAUCAUCUUGGUUCUCGUUCGAGUUCAUCCUGAACCAGCAGACGAUUGUCCUUGUUUUGACGAUAGCGUGUCUUUCGCUGGAGUCAUCAUAGGCUGCGAGUAUGGCGUAUGGCAUUUUGCACAAACAUCAUAUGCAUGGUCAUACCCAGCAAAAGGCACGGUUCCGUUUAACUUGGCAAAGAUGGGCUAUGUUGUGGCCGUGGUGCGCAUUCUGUUGGGCGUACUUGUUAUAUUUGCCUGGCGUGGAACAAUGAAACCGACCUUGCUCAAAGUUCUCCCACCUAUCUUCCGUAUUAUUGAACACCUUGGGCUUACACUUCCUCGACGGUUCUUCAAGCCAGCAUCACAGUACGAGACAAUUCCACGACAAGAAAAUGACGACAAUAUCAUUCCUCCCGCCAAGGACAUCCCUUAUCUAUUGUCGUCCUUUCGACGGAGAAGGGCAAUUUCGAUUGGCCCUCAAUCGGAAGCAGAUGCUUACGAAACACUGGCCUAUCGCAACAAGAAAAGGCGGGACAGCAUGAACGCGUCAGGAUCGACCAGUCCGGCGAAAGAAACCUCUAAUGAAGGCGGUUAUUUCCAGGCGAAAGAUACCGUCUUGAGAGAUGUGAGGACCCAUAACAGAAAAAGAUCAAGCAGCCUUGAGAUGUUCCGGGCACAGAUGGGUACCGGAGUGGAAGCACUCUCCCCAGUCCCACAGGGUGGCCCGAAAGUUGGAAAGGCACCUGGUCCAAAAGACACUCAGGCCAUGGACGAAUUAUCAGAGAGACAAUUAUUCUCGAGUAUUCAGAAGCCCAGAGUACGGUAUGAUGUUGAGGUGGUGACCAAGUUGAUUGUUUACUCCGGGAUUGCCUGGCUGGCAGUGGAAGGCAAUCCUGUUCUGUUCAAGCACCUGGGACUCGGAGUGGAUUGA